GCGGUCCUCGCCAAGAAAGGCGUUGAGAAGAACAAGACUGCGCGGGAGUGGCGCUUCGUCCGCGACAAGAUCCGCGGUUUCCUGUCCAACAAGAAGUUGCCAGACUCCGUGGCCAUGCUUGCGGCGAAUUGGCUCACCCAGCUCGGGAUGCCCGUGUCCGAGUACGGCAUCACCAUGGACUAUUCGUUGGUGCCGCCGCACGAUGCCAGCGGACUGACGUUCGCCUCUUUCACAGAGCCAUUCGCGGUCCUCAAGCCGCAGACGGUACCGGAGAAGGAUCAGGGCCAAUUCCAGCGCUGCUUCGCGGACAUCUACAAGAACCACCAGAAGGAUGCAACUUCCAAGAUAUGCGAGGUUCGUGAUUUCAUGAAGACGCACGGGAUGGGUUCGAGCUGGGGGACUGUGCAGUUCACGCCGCACUUCUCCUUCGAUGUCAGCGACACUGAGGGCCAAUCGCAGACCACGGAGCCGAUGGAGGAUCUUCGCAUGGCGGUCUAUUGCCGAAACACAGGCGAGUGGCAGAGCAACGUGCAGUCAUUCCCGUGGGGUCAGGCGCCCAUCUGGGUGCAACAGUUCGUGGGCAUCUCGUUUGUCGCGGUCGCUGAUCCUGCCUGGGUUGCCGAGCAUGUCGAUUUCAAUGGUUACGUGGAGACGGCCGACUCGGGUGCUCUCUACAAGGUCCCGACUUGUAUUCUUCGUGAGGGCAGCGCUCUGUACGUGCCGAUGGGGCACGUCCCCUUCCUGGUGCCCAUCCCGCCGAACGUGAACUGGGACUCGAAGAAGCCGAGCCUCAAGGAUACUGCGAAGGCAACCACUGAGGUCAAGCACUGCGCUUGCUUCGGCGUGUCCUUGUUCUUAGAGGACGGCGUCCUCGAGAAGACUUCGCCGCAGGCGCGCGCCGCUGCGUCUGCAGCGUGGGCCCAGACGAAAAGCUCGCAGCUCCCCAAGAGCAUUCGCACGAACCCCGAGGUCAGCAAGUGGUUCGAGAAGUGCGGCGAGGGCCUGCACGACGAGACUAGCAAGGACUUCGACUAG